CGCUGUUGGGCGCUGCCCCCGCAUGCGCAGACGUAUGCCAGACUCAGGAAAACAGUAUUGGAGACACAUUACUCCGAUCAAGUUCCCUUAAGCUUGUCCAGAAGUCAACACUGAAAUUUCUAUUUUCAACAAGAUUCAGGAGACAACAUGGCAGCUGAAUCAAUAAUCCGGAUCCCACCAUAUCAUUUCAUCCAUGUCUUGGACCAGAACUCAAAUGUGACUAGAGUAGAAGUGGGGCCCAGGACCUAUAUCCGCCAAGAAAAUGAGAGGAUCGUAUUUGCCCCAGUAAAGAUGGUGAUGGUCCCCCCUCUCCAUUACUGUAUCAUCCUCAAUCCAGUGGCUCGUGGAACCGAUGGUGCAGUUCAGCUUGAUGCUGUCGGGCAGGUGCGGCUCAGACAUGCUGACCUGGAGAUCAGGCUGGCUCAGGACCCCUUCCCUGUGUACCCAGGGGAAGAGAUACAGCAGGGUGUGACACCUCUGCAGAUUGUCUUACCUGACACCGCCCUCCAUCUGAAAGCCCUCUUGGACUUUGAGGAUGCCCAUACAAGCAAAUAUGUUGCUGGAGACGAAUGGCUAUUUGAAGGGCCUGGCACCUACAUCCCACGAAAGGAAGUUGAAGUUGUGCAGACCAUCCAGGCCACCGUCAUCCGGCCCAACCAAGCCAUAAGACUUCAGGCCCGGAAAGAGUGCGAGGACAGAGAGGGCAAAAAACGUGUGACAGGUGAGGAGUGGCUGGUGAAGCGGGUUGGGGCUUACCUGCCUGGUGUAUUUGAACAAGUUGUUGAUACUGUGGACGCCUACAUCCUGACCGACAAGAAAGCACUGCACCUCCGGGCCACCAAGACAUUCCGGGACUCCCGGGAUGUUACAAGGAAGACAGGAGAAGAAUGGCUGAUCACCAUGGCUGACACUGAGGCCCACAUCCCUGACGUUUAUGAGGAAGUGCUGGGUGUUGUCGAUAUUACCACCCUGAACAGCUGCCAGUACUGUGUGGUUUGUGACCCGGUGGGUGCAGAUGGCAAACCCCAACUUGGGCAGAAGAAGGUGAUCAAGGGGGAGAUAUCAUUCUUCUUGCAGCCUGGAGAGUGGCUGGAGAAGGGCAUCCAGGACAUUUACAUCCUUUCGGAAGAACAGGGCCUUCUGCUCCGGGCACUUCGCCCCUUUGAAGAUACGAACGAGGAUGGGGAGGAAGUUACACACAAGCCGGGUGACCGUUGGCUGAUCCAGGGCCCCCUUGAGUAUGUGCCACCGGUGGAGGUGGAAGUAUUGGAGCGGCGCCACUCCAUCCCGCUGGCUGAGAACGAGGGCAUUUAUGUGCGGGAUAUCAAGACGGGAAAGGUCCGAGCUGUAAUUGGCUACACUUACAUGCUGUCUCAGGAUGAGGAACUAUGGGAGAAGGAACUGCCCCCCAAAGUGGAGGCCUUGUUGUCCAUUGGGAGGGACCCUGUUGUUGAUCGUUCCAGGGAGUCGUCUGAAGGGGGCGGUGAGGUGUUACGUGAUAGGACACGGGCUGUCACUUACCGUGUCCCCCACAAUGCAGCUGUGCAAGUGUAUGAUUACAAGGAGCGUAAGUCCAGGGUGGUCUUUGGGCCAGAACUUGUGCUUUUGGGGCCAGAUGAGCAGUUCACAGUGCUGAGUCUGUCGGGGGGACGGCCCAAGCGCCCCCAUGCUCGCCGCGCGCUCUGCCUCCUCCUGGGGCCGGACUUCUGCACUGAUGUCGUCACUAUUGAAACAGCUGACCACGCCCGUCUGCAGCUCCAGCUGGCUUAUAACUGGCACUUUGAGAUCCCCCCUGUUGCUGACGUAUCCCGCCUGUUCAGUGUCCUGGACUUUGUAGGCGACGCUUGCAAAACGUUGGCCUCGCGUAUCCGGGGGGCUGUGGCUGCUGUCACUUUUGACGAUUUCCAUAAGAACUCAAACCGCCUG